ACAAACCAUAAAAAUGACAUUUUGCGGCGGGCGAAGUUUUUUUUAAUGUGCAUUUGAUGACAACUUUCAGAAUUCGUGUUUUUAGCGGCUUGUCUACAUUUAAUUUCAUGUUUUAAGCUAAUAAUGAGCUUGACUUUUUAAACAUUUUUUUACAAAUUGAACAAGUUCAGUAUUUAUUAAAGCGGAGCUAACCGGCUUUCCAAACAAUCAACAACAUGGCUACAAUUUACUCAGUAACUGUGUGUGAUCUUGUUGAUGAAACCGACUCCAACAAGCCGGAAAAAUUAUGCACAUUUCAUUGCUCAACCAUAGAAUCCGGCAUAAUGAGCUGUAAAGUUGUCGAAGGGUCGGAAGGCGAUGAAAUUGAUGAAAAGGCGCUAUACACGUUCGAUUUAACAGCUGACACAGACUGUGCAGGCUUAGGUGACAGGGCUGUUAUCAUUGAUGCGCAGAAGGUGAACAUCGCCGUGAAAUUUCAAAGUAUCAACGAUGUCCGACAAUUUCGAAACAACGUCUCCACCCUUCGCGGAAAUUUAUCUGUUACGUCCGUAUUCUCGAAUCGAACCGAAGAAACGUCGGCUUCGCAAUACUUCCAAUUUUAUGGUUACCUCAGUCAACAGCAAAACAUGAUGCAGGACUAUGUUCGAACCAGCACGUAUCAGAAAGCCAUUCACAGUAACAAAAGCGACUUUGAAAAUAAGGUUUGUCUUGACGUUGGUGCCGGAUCGGGUAUCUUGAGUUUUUUCGCUUCGGAUGCUGGAGCUGCAAAAGUCUACGCUGUGGAAGCUAGUAACAUGGCCGAGCACGCUAUUAAGUUAAUCGAAACGAAUAAGAGAGGAAACGUUAUCCAGGUGAUCGCUGGAAAAAUUGAAGAGAUUGAACUACCCGAAAAAGUCGAUAUUAUCAUCUCAGAACCAAUGGGAUACAUGCUGUACAACGAACGAAUGUUGGAAACAUAUUUGCAUGCUAAGAAGUGGUUAAAACCCGGUGGUAAAAUGUUCCCAUCCCGAGCCGAUUUGCACGUUGCUCCGUUUCAUGACGAAGCGCUCUACAUCGAACAGUACAACAAAGCGAAUUUCUGGUGUCAUAAUUCGUUCCACGGUGUCGAUUUGAGUACCAUGCGAACUGCAGCAAUGAAGGAAUACUUUCGCCAGCCAAUUGUUGACACAUUCGACAUACGUUGCUGUAUGAGCAAAUCCGUUCGACAUAUUUGCAACUUUUUAGAAGCCAACGAAACAGAUUUACACAAAAUCGACAUUCCACUGGAAUUUCACAUCCUGGAGACUGGCACGUGUCACGGUCUAGCCUUUUGGUUUGAUGUUGAAUUCAAUGGAACCGAUCAGCAAGUUUGGCUGUCAACAGCACCGACAGAACCCCUAACGCACUGGUACCAAGUUCGAUGUCUGUUAAUGAAUCCGAUUUUCGUGAAACAGGGCCAACUCGUCGGUGGUCACGUCACCUUAGUUGCUAAUAAAAGGCAAAGCUACGAUGUCACAAUGGAGAUUCACAUCGAAGGCACGUCGAUUUCGUCAACCAAUACGAUGGAUCUGAAGAAUCCGUACUUCCGCUAUUCUGGUGGUCCAAUUGUUUCGGCCCCCGCGCAGACUAAUACUUCACCGAAUGACAAUAACUACUGGGGGCAGGUCGAUGUGCAACCAUUAGUUGUCAAUGGCAUGGGUGAUGUUCAAAUGGAUUUAUCGCAAACUAUAACCAACACCAGUCUUUUGGGAAUCUCUGAUCAACCCAACAUUCAUCCCGGUUGUAUUUCGAGUACUGGCCGAAAUGGACGCCAAAGUGCGAUUCCAACACUGACAACUAAUAUCCAAGGCAACAUUGCUGGACUGGCAACGACACCACUCACCGGAAUAAAUUUGACGAACUCCAACAUCGGCGUUUCGAACAUAUUAUUACCGCAAACAUCGACACAGAAUCAGGCAGCUCAACAAUUGAUCGGAGGCGCUAUCUCGCCUUCACUAUUUGUGACGACGCCGCUUACGAGUAACAAUCUAGGGCAUCAUCAAGUAAUUUUAAAUAAUAUCCAGACUCAGAUGCCGAUACAGCCGCAAUUCGGACACGAUCUGUCGUUGUGGCAGCAUCAAUGAAUGUAUCCAUUCGUCGUACUUACAUCACAUGUUUCACACAUAUUUAAAUGUCAAAAAUGCUCUUCUUUUCUCGGUCCUAUUUUUGUGAGGAAUCAACGUUUUUUGUCACGUUCAGUGUUACACUAAUUAUAAAACAUUUAACGCCAGGAUUUGUACGUGCUAUAGUUUCCGACAAUAUACGACAAUUUUAGAGAUAAAA